ACUGUUCCUGGGUGCAGGCACAAGUGGUGCUGCUGGAGCGCGGCGCUUGUCGCAGAAGCAGUUCUUUGCGGGUGGACGGACUGUUUUCAGCGCUGUCGAAAGCAGCUUGCCAGGAGAAAAGCAGCAGAAGGAAGAAGAUUGGGAGGAGAAGGUUCCUAGACUCGACCUAAACCUUGCCGCUGCGGUACAACAAGGUGGCAGAAGCAGUGCAAAGAGGAUGAACACUGCUGGUACAGAUGAAAACGAAACUGGUGAAGAAGAUGCGGUCAUGACCUUGAGCAAGACUCUGGAGGGCGAUGAUGCGUCGAUCAAGGCACAAGAUCCUUCACAGCCACUUCUAGAUGACGAUGAUAUUCACGAAGUACACCCUGAAGAUCAACAUGCUGAUGCACACGAAUAUCAAGAAGAUCAAGAUCAGGUUGAGCACUACCAUCUGGAUGAGCC